UUUUAUCCUUAUAAAAAAAAAGUUAUAAUUAUCAAACAUUCGUUUACAAGAAUAUUUUGAAAACUAGAUUCACACGAUUUAUAAAAUUCAAAGAAAGCGAUAAACUAAAGAAAGUCGUAGAUAAUGCAAAGAAAUAGAAAGAGAAAGAAAAGUUUGUUUAACUCAAAGAAAUCAAGAAAUCAUGUUUCUUUGAUAGAUGGCAUAUCGAGCAGUAAACUCGCGUUUUGAUUGGUCUACUGAAAUGUAGAGUGACCAAUCCUAACAUAUGCGUGCAUUAACCGUGAUAUUUUGAACUGUUUUGAAGCAGCGUCAACUUCAGUUGCUCUAUCGAAACGAAUGGGUCGUGUAGUAACGUUCUGGUCGUAUAGAAAAUUUAUAAAUGUGAAAAUUCAUCCAUUUUCAAGCUUUACAUAUAUUCACAAAUAAUUGUUUUCUCAGUAAUUAAUAAACAAAUUUUUAAGUUGAACUGUAUUAAGAAAAAUGGUACCACCCAAAUUAUCAAUUGGACAAGCCAAAUCAAAUGGUGUUACUGUACCGUUAAGAAAAAGAAUUUCUACACGAAGUCAGAAUUUACUUGUCAAUAAUGCGUUACUCAAACAACCACUUUUAAACAAAGAUCUUCGUAGUAAAAGAAAAGCAGAUGCAUCACCAUUAAAAGAAAAAACUGUUAAAAGAUCUGCUUUGGGAAAUAUUACAAAUGCUAUUGGGAAACCAUUUGGAACUCAACAACAAGAACCAAAGAAAGUAGUUAAGAAGAUUGCUACAAAGACCAAAACAAUUAUUCAAAUUAAUUCAAAUAAGGUAACAGAGAAAAUAGUUCCAAAACCAGAUACUGCAGUACCAAAGUCAAAGCCAAUACAACGUGUCAAAGCGAUUAAGCAUGAAGAAGAAAAGUUGAAAAGUAAUAAAACUGAAACUGUUAAAUGUAGUUUAGAUUCAGAGAAAUCUGAAGAUAGUUCGUUGUAUUGGAGUGCAUUGGAAGAUGUAUCGGAUAAUAAUAUAAAAAAAUUUGAGAGAGAAAAUAACAAGGCUGAAAAUAACGAGAAAAAUGAAAAUAAUGAGAAAAACGAAAAAAAAGAAACACUACAAAUUGACGAUACUACAUCAGGUAGAGAAGAAGAAAAAACAUGUGUUACUAAUAAUUUAAAUGCUGUACCUGAGAAAGUAUUGCCUGAAGGUGUCCAAUGGGAUUUUGAUGCGGAAAAUUGGUUAGAUCCAUUCCAAGUAUCAGAGUAUGCUAUGGAUAUUUUUAAUUAUUUAAAGGAAAGAGAAUGUUUAUUCCCUGUUGGAGAUUAUAUGGACAAACAAGUGUGUCUUUCACGUUGGAUGCGAUCUCUAUUAGUAGAUUGGAUGGUUGAAGUACAAGAAUCUUUUGAACUCAACCAUGAAACUUUAUACUUGGCUGUGAAAUUAGUUGAUCUCUACUUAACAAAAGUCACAGUUGGUACAGACACUCUGCAGCUAUUAGGUGCUUCGAGUCUUUUUAUAGCCAGUAAAUAUGAUGAAAGGAUACCUCCAAUGGUUGAAGAUUUCUUGUAUAUAUGUGAUGGUGCUUAUACACAGAGAGAACUUAUCAAAAUGGAAAUAAAUGUUUUGAAAGUAAUAGAUUUCGAUUUGGGUAUACCUCUUUCAUACAGAUUUCUUAGGCGAUAUGCUAGGUGUGCAAAAGUAUCAAUGCCAACAUUAACUCUGGCUCGAUAUAUUUUGGAAUAUUCAUUGAUGGAUUAUACAACCAUUACCUAUAGUGAUAGUAAAAUGGCAGCAUCUGCUCUUCUUCUUGCACUUCAAAUGAAAGAUUUAGGUGGAUGGACCCCGACUUUAGAGUAUUACAGUGGUUAUAACGUUGAUGAUAUAAGAGAUAUUGUUCGUGUUUUAAAUGAAGGACUACAUAGAAAACAUAAAGAAGCAUUAGUAACAAUUCGCAAUAAAUACAGUCAUAAGAUAUUCUUCGAAGUAGCAAAACUGCCAUUAAAAGAUACUCUAGAUAUUUAAAUACUUUAAAUAAGCAUUUGAAUGUAGAUAGAUGCUUGUAUAAUUAUUUUAAUGCAUAGAUUUUACUAUCAUUAUUGGUUAAUCUAUGCAUUAGCUAAGACUUGAUAAAAACAGUCACAAGCAUCAAUAUGCAGAUCGUGAUACACGGAUAAGCACAGUUUGUUUAAUGAAUAGGAAAAAUGAAAAUAUUUUGAAGUAAUUGUAAUUACUAUCGUAAAAUAUUUAGAUGAAGUAUAUUGAAUGACAUUGAAGCUCUAUUAGAGCUUUGCAUAACCACCUUCAAAAAGUGUACACAAUAUUUAGUUAUUCAUCUUCUUUUUUUUUUUUAUUAUUAUUAUUUAUACAUAUCAAUAUUUUCUCUAUUGCUCUAUAUUACGAUCUAUUUUACGAUUUUUGUUAACAAAAUAUAUUUUAGCGUCACACUUUUAUACUUCGAGACAAUGAUUUAAAAGUAUUUAAAAUAUGAAAGCUGAGAUAUAAUACAUUUUAUUAUAUUUUUUUUUUCUUUUUUCUUUUUUUAUAUGAUAUACAUUGUACUACAACAGACCCAUUUACAUCGCUGUAAUUUGUGAAUUACUUUUAUAUGAAUUUAUAUGUACACAUAUAAUACUACAUUAAAAAAUUAUGUAGUGUUCUUAGAAUAUGUCAGGGUACUCUUAGUGUAUUAAAAGUGUGGCGCAUUGUUAUGCACUAUUACAUCUUAUAUAGACUGAUAAAAGUAAUAGAAUGUUGGUAAACAAAUAUUUAUCAAAUUGUCCACUGUUUAUACAGAAUGUGCGCAACGAUUCCAUAGUAUUUUACUUUUUAAAUGUAUAAUGACUGAAUUUGAUAAAUAUUGUAGAUAAGAAAAAAUUUAUAGCAUGCUUUUACUUUUAGAAGUUCUAAAAAACGAAAAAAAUAUUAUGGUACGUUCGUUGUAAGGUUCAACAAAAUAUUGUGGAAUCAGAUUUUUACAGAUAAUGAAUGUUUUCACAAUAAAAAACAAAUUUCACGAUGAUAUAAAAAGAAACUCAUAUAUUUUAUUUAUAUUCAGAUAUAUACCGUCAAAUUGAAUAUAGUUUUUGCAGUAUAUCAAUGUUUGUAUACAAAUUAAUUUGUUAUAUAUAUAAUAUGUGGUUAAUCUUGUACAUCCAGCUUUUGAAGCAUUCCAAAGCAUAACAAAACAAAAUUAAUUAUAAUAUAUUGAAAAUUAUCACAAAACGAAAUUAUAAUAUAUAAAAAAUUAUAGUUACACUUACAUUCAAACUUUCUUAUAAAAUAACACUAUAAUUAUAUAAAAUACCACCUGUGAUAUCAACAUUUAAAACAAAAGUCACAAAUUUUUGCGUGUUAAUUGCACAUUGCAGUCAUUUUUGUAUAGCAAUAUAACUUGUAUACUAACACCAAGUUAAAUUAUAUUGUGUAUUAGCAACGGAAGAUUUUUUGCUAAAUGUAUGUCAAAUUCACAUAUAUAAUUGUACAUACUGAUUAUUGUGACCAAUAUGUACAUAUGCUCAUAAGGGAUAGGUCAAAACUAGAAGAAAUUUUUUAAUGUAAAAGUUAAUAAGAGAUCUAAUGUGCAGUUAUGGAACUUAUUGAAAUUAGGUGGUGUAAAUAUAUAUUUUCUAUCAAAUAUGUAAGUGACUAUGAUUUUAUAAGUGUGUCAACUAUUAUAAAUAAUAAAACCAUGUGAUGAUUGUUA